AUGUGGACAUAUUUAGAAAAUCUAUUGUACGAUCCAAAUUUGAAGAAGCGGCAACAGUCGUCAUCAUCUAUGGCAUAUGUCGUGGGAAUGGUAGCGGCAAUGGGAGGAUUUUUGUAUGGAUACGAUACUGGGUUGAUUAAUGAUAUUUUAGAAAUGAGGUUCGUGACAGACUAUUUUCCCUCCAACGGCUAUAGCUUUAAUACCCAUGAACGUGCACUUUUGACUGCGGUUUUGUCCAUGGGAACAUUCUGCGGAGCUCUCGUCGCACCUCUCAUAUCAGAUACGUAUGGACGUAAGUUUUCUAUCAUUCUUUCCAGUGCCAUAAUAUUCAACAUAGGCAAUAUAAUACAGAUUGCAGCCAAUACCGUAGCAUUGUUAUGCGUUGGUCGAGCGGUAUCUGGAUUAUCUGUUGGUAUAUUAUCAGCUAUAGUACCAUUGUACCAAGCUGAAGCUUCUCCAAAGUGGGUGAGAGGGUCAGUCGUGUUUACGUACCAGUGGGCAAUAACCUGGGGAUUUUUGAUUGCAAGUGCAGUUUGCCAGGGGACCCGUAAGAUGAAUAAUUCAGCAUCUUAUAGAGUUCCCGUAGGCCUACAAUUCCUAUGGGUACUUAUUUUAAGCGUAACAAUGCUUUUUCUACCAGAAUCUCCUAGAUUCCAUGUUCAAAAAAAUAACAUCGAAAAGGCAUUAAAAUGCCUUUCAAAGUUGAGAAGAGUUCCCACAGAUGAUCCAGACUUGAUUGAAGAACUAGUAGAAAUUAAAGCUAAUUAUGACUAUGAACUAUCGUUCGGUAACACUACAAUAUUAGAUUGCUUUAGAAGUGGAGGAGGAAGGCAUAAACAAGGGUUGCGAAUGGCAACUGGAAUAGGAAUAAUGACACUUCAGCAGUGUACUGGUAUAAAUUUUAUAUUCUAUUAUGGUGUCAGGUUUUUUUCCAGUACUGGAGUCAACCACUACUACAUGAUGUCGUUUGUGACUUAUGCGGUGAAUGUUUUAUUCACAAUACCAGGAUUAAUGUUAAUUGAUGUGGUUGGAAGGCGAAAAUUGUUCUUGGUUGGUUCUGUGGGUAUGUUUAUUAGCGAUCUCGUUAUUGCAAUCCUAGGAGUUUCCAUUAAUGACGUAGAGGUCAGCUCAAUAACAAGCGUCUCUUUUUCUUGUGUCUUUAUUGCGUUCUUCGCUGCCACCUGGGGUGGAAGUGCAUGGGCAUUGGUAUCAGAUAUUUAUGGUAUAAGUAUAAGACAGAAAGCAAUUUCAAUAACUGCUGCAACUAACUGGUUAGUCAACUUUAUCUUUGCAUACAUAACACCAUACUUGAUAGACACAGGAAAAGGUACUGUUGCUCUAGGAAACAAGAUUUUUUUCAUCUGGGGAGGGUGUAACUUCAUUGGGAUACUUUUCAGUUAUUUUAUGGUUUAUGAAACGAAGGGAUUAAUGUUAGAAGAGAUUGAUUUUAUGUACGUUACUUGCAAAACUGCCCCUUCAUCGACAAAGUUUAAGUCGCAAAAGAUUGACUACUCAAAAUUAGACCAUGGAAAUGUGAGACCAUUUGAAACGAAUCGCGAUGAAGUGGAGCUCGCAAAUUUAUCUCGAUCAGUUUCUUCUGUUGAUGAUUAUCAACAAUACUUAAACAGAAUGAGGGAUGAUACAUCAAUAUCAUCCUUUUCUAAACCGAGUUACAGAAAUAAUAGCCAGAGCAACAAUAAUAACAGUAGUAAGAAUAAUUACAACAACGGUCACAAUAAUCAAGGAGCUAAUUAUGGCAUCAGUCAAAGUAAAGACUUAGGCACUUUGAUAAAUGGCUUUGGAACAACUGUGAUCGCAACCCCCUUCUUCAAUCAGGGUCCCGAAGACAGCGACACAGACUACGAAACGGACACAGAAAGCGUUCCGGGAAAUAUUCACACAACUCAUGGAGAAUCAUAG